CCGGUGUGACUGGAAGAGCUGCUGAGGGGAGCCGGAAGAGACCGUCGAAGCUUUUUGAGGGGAAGAGAAGCGAGUGGCGGGAGGCCCAAGUGAGGCGACAGGAUGUCUUCUGGUGCUUUAUUCCCAACCUUGGUGCCCGGCUCUCGGGACUCAUCAAGCAAAUACCUGGUCGAGUUCCGUGCAGGAAAGAUGUCUUUGAAAAGCAGCACGGUCACCCCUGAUAAGAGGAAGGGCCUUGUCUACAUACAGCAAACGGAUGAUUCCCUCAUUCACUUCUGUUGGAAAGACAGGACAUCUGGGAACGUGGAGGAUGACUUGAUCAUAUUUCCUGAUGACUGUGAAUUUAAGAGGGUGUCUCAGUGUACUACUGGCCGUGUCUAUGUGUUGAAGUUCAAGGCUGGAUCCAAGAGACUGUUCUUCUGGAUGCAGGAACCUAAGACAGAGAAAGAUGAAGAGCAUUGUCGUAAGGUGAACGAGUACAUCAACAAUCCACCCAUUCCUAGAACUCUAGGAGGCAGUGGAAGUGGGGGCCAUGAACUUUCUGCCCUUGGAGGUGAUUGUGGCUUGCAAAGUCUUCUGGGAAACAUGAGUCAUAACCAGCUGAUGCAGUUGAUUGGACCAAUGGGCUUAGGAGGACUUGGUGGUCUUGAUGCUCUUACAGGUCCCGGUCUGGCUAGUCUGUUGGGCAGUGGGGGGCCUCCAACGAGCAGCUCUUCUUCCAGGUAGUUGUGUUCCACUCACCCGUCAGCAUUGGGAAGAAUUCCAUACCCACAUGAUGCCUCGUGCUAUAUUGCAACACCGGAGUCAAUAAAACUCUGUGGAUGAAUAGCUUUUCUUGUUGUGCCAUUAGGUUGACUUCACAAUAAACACAGUCUUUAUCGUAGCAAGAAAUAACCACAAAGAUUAACACUGUUAGACAUUUCUAGAAUAGCAUGACAGCAGCAGGCUAUGAAACGGAGAUGGGACUUCCCCAUUCCGAAAUAAAUCCCGCGGAAAACGUAACAUGUCCACAAACCUUUGCUAGCCUUCACUCUCUUUCCCAAAGCAACUUAAAGAUGAGCAAUUAUUUUGACGUCACUUCAACAAGAUGCUUGAUCGAUGGAACAUUACUAAUUCAUUAAAUGCUCUGACAAGUGAACAUUAACUGGAAAGUAUAGAUUUUUAAAAAAUAGAACGAAAGAUAGGAAUUCCUGCUUGGUAAUGAUUUCAUUUACAUUGUUAACCUUUAUAAGUAAAGAGAAAAGGGUAGAAAUGGCACCUUUUUGAUGAGUUUGAUAAAUGUAAUUUAAGUUUUUUACUGCUGCACCUUGCAUACAGUUUGGGGUAGAUCAAUACAAUACUUUCCCCUUAGGCAUCGUUAAAAACCCUUGGUCCUCAGAAGUAGGAUAUUAGACUAAAACCUUCGUAAGUAUAAGUUUUAAAGCAUAAGAUUAGAUCUAUUUUAAUAAGUUAAUAUACAAAUACGUGAAUCAGUACUAUCUAGAAUUAGUUUCUGAAAGUUUUACUUUGAUUCUCAGAGUUCUUACCCAAAACUUAGAAGCUUUGGAUUACUAACUGUUGAUACUCAGGUAGCCUGUAAUCCUGAAAAAGACGUUGUAAUGAUAGUCCCAACAGUUCAGAUGCCUGUGUAGCUCUUCAGUUUUUCUACGUUUGUUGUAGCAAUAGCAAUAGCAGUUAGACUUAUAUACCACUUCAUAGGGCUUUCAGCCCUCUCUAAGCGGUUUACAGAGUCAGCAUAUUGCCCCCAACAACAAUCCGGGUCCUGUAUUCUUGUGUAUUUUAAUGUUGCAAAUGUGGCUGUUCCCUUCAUGUCGUGGUUUUGUGUUUUUAAUUCUUCAUUUGAUAAUCUACUGUAACGUCGUUGCCUCUUUAAAAUCCUUAAGUGGUUUGGGUUUAAUUGUAAAGUAAAGCAAUAUUUAAAUGCCUAUAAAAAAAAUCAAACAGUUCUAACAAAAAAUGAUUUUUAUGAUGUCUAUAGCAUGUGGGGAAGAAGAAAAACAAAGCACACAUACCAGUUGCCAGCUCUUAAUUUCCCCAUUCAUUCUCCGCUGCUGUUGCUGCUACUGUUGUCCUCUUUUGUGUUUUUUAUUUUGCCGUUAAUAAUCCCUGUUAAUAAUAAGAAAAGUACAUGGCACAAUCCACCUAGAAUUUCUUGGAUCAGGCCUCAUGGGGAUCCGUGGGCCUGCGGAGAAGAAUCUCGCCGGUGCCCUUCUGCAUUUUUAUGCAAGUUCCCAUGGGGCUUGUUCCAAAAAAAAGCGCUUCCUGGCAGAUUUUUUUUUUUUUUUGCCUUAUCCAUGUUACAUGAACCUCUUGGAGGAUAUUAAAAAUUAAAAAAAAAUUAAAAGGCUUUAGCGAAAUGGAUUUAUUUUUAUAAUAUUUAACAACUGUCAAUACCCAACUAUAUUAACUAUUACAAAUUCGUAUUUACCUUUUUAGAGAAGUCUGUACAGGUUUGUGGACAUAAAUGUUAAAAACAAAAAGUGUCAAUGCAAAUAAAGGCUGUUUUGGAGAAGA